AUGGAUUUUUGGUCGCGCCUCCUAAGCCAUACCUCCCUAUCGUCGAAUACCUCGCGAGAAACUGCCGCCAGAGACCCCGCCAAACGAUUGCAUCGAUUCGAACGGGAAUAUGGCCAGCUUUUGCAAAUAUGGCGCAACUCGUCGAAUCUAUCCCGCGACUUCGAGGCGGCCGAGAAGCUCGAGAUCCGGCUUCACGAGCUCACGACAAUCCUGAGCGACGAGAGCCGCCGUCCACUGCCCCACCCGUGCAUCCAGUUCGCCUCGAUCAAGCAAAUCUACGUGCCCAUCGCCAAGGUCGCGACGACUUCGUACAAUGAGUGGAUCAUCAAGGAAGCCGUGCACUUUUUCGCGACCCUGAUCGAGAGCGAGGAGGAGGCGUUUGUGGAGAACCACAACUUCUCGUCGAGCCUGACCACCCUGCUGGUGCGGAUCACGGGCCAGAACAGCGUCAGGCUCGGCCGGGAUACCGAGGUCAAGGUGGUGGAGCUCGCGUUCAAUAUCACGACCAAGAUGCGGCUGCAGCCGCACAUACUUGACGUGUGGUUCCGGAGACUUCCCUUGUUCUACAUACUCAUGGACUACAUCCAGCACGAGGGCCGCGUGGGCGACUUUGCCCGGACGGGCCUCCUCUACAUCAUCGAGACGGCGUCGAGCUCGGUCGCGCUGGAGCAGUGGAUCGUGGAGAGCGAUCUCUCGACCCUCAUGGCCACGGGCCUGGGCGCCCUGUACAGCCAGCUGAGCAGGAAGCUCCACCCGACGUCCAACUACGAGAUUGUGGCGUCGUGCGCGCCCGAGUUUCAGGCGCACCUCGAUACUUUUCUCUCGCACUUGCUGUUUUGGCAGGACGUGCUGAACCACUGCCGGUCCGUCGAGGUCAAGUCAACCUUGCUCGAGCACUUUCAAGUUAUUUUCCUUCAACAGCUUUUAUACCCCUCGCUUCUAGAAUCCUCCGACAUUGACGGCGGCUCGUCGGUCGCCGUCAUCACCUAUCUCCGACGAAUCCUCGAGUCACUCGACCACCCCGACAUGAUCAAUCUCAUCCUCCAUUACCUCCUCGCUCUCCCCGACGCAGACACAUCGCGGACGCCGGCCGGCGAGAGCACGUCCGUCAGCGCCGCUCGCAAGCGCAAGUCGAUGGACCUAGCCACAAUGCUGGCUGAGAAGCAAGAUCCGUGGGACCCGCUGCUCUUCAACUUGGUGGACCUUGCGCUGGCGUGCCUGCGCUCGCACAGCCAGCAGACGAUACACGUGACGCUGCAGCUCAUCUCGUCCAUCCUGAAGCGGCACCACCGGUACGCCGUGCUCACGCUCCUGCGGACGGAGAGCCUGCACGCGCCGGCAUCGACGCACCGGACGAGCGGCGCGCACGACCAAGAGGUCGAGUACCUCAUGACGCUGGCCGGGUCGAUCGGGGGCCAGGACAAUUUCGACGAGGUGUACGAAAACGUGCUGCGGGACGCCAUGACGCGGCUCGAGGCCCACUCGUGCUCCCUCAAGCUCGUGGCGCCCAAGGUGUCGACGGCCAACCACGACUUGCCGGCGAUCCCGGAUAGCUUGCCGGGGGCGCCGCCCGACGUCAGCACCCACACCCUGCAGCCCGACGACCCUUUGCUCGUGACGCUGCUCGACAUCCUCGAGACCUUUUUCGUCAACCCCGUCGAUACGAACCUGUCGGUCACGGAAACGCUGACCGACCUGGCCAUCUGCGGGUAUAUGGGCGUGGAGGGUUGGCUCGUGCGGCAUCCCAAGCACUACAGCUACGAGGACGAGGACGACGAGGCCGAGGCGGAGGAGACGGCGUUGGCGCUCGCUGCAAGCAGCGCCGGCCCCGAGUCGCCCGAGUACGAGGUCGCGCAGCGGCUCCUGGCCCAGCGCCGGUGCCGGAGGCGGCCGAGGUGGGUGGCGUCGAGCCUUCCCCGGCUCCUGACGGUCCUGAAGAAGCUGUCGGAGCAGCUGGCGGGCUACCGCGAGACGAUACCCCGGUUCGACGAUUUGCUCCAGCAACGGCGCGAGGCCUUCCAAACGGCGGAUGCGGCGCCCGUGCUCCCGUUCCACACGCCGCAGCAGCCGCAGCCACAGCCACAGUCACAGCAGCAACGGAGAGGUGACAGCCAAGGGCCCGGCUCGUACAACACGCCGGAUAGGGGCAGCAUGGACGACCCGCGGGGCGACUCGCCCGCGCGACCGUCGGGGCUCGAAGGGUUCGCGCAAAGGCUUUUGUCAGAGCUCGGGACGCCCUCGAGAACGGGCAGUCCGCGCCCCGGGUCAGGUGCGGCGCCGAGGGAGUUCCCGCUCAACUACGACAAGCAUCCUGGCGCGGCGGGUCGGGCUGCCGGGGAGGACGGCGGGGAGGACGGGGUGCCGUUUAACCUCGGCAAGGCGGUACAGGAACAAGGGUCAGGGCCAGGGCAGCAGCCUGAAGCGGGCGGUGCCGGAAAGCAAAAGGGGGAACGAGGACAAGAAGAAGAAGAAGAAGAGACGACGGGAGAGAGCGGCGAGGAUGAUGAGAUGGCGGAGGCGUUUACGCCGCUGGAGGAUUCGAUGGUGUCGGUGUCGCACGUGCUCACCAAUGCGCUGAUUUUGCAGUCGUUUUUGAUGGAGUUGGCGGGGAUCGUGCAGGUGAGGGCGGGGCUUUUCAACGAAGUGCGCUUCGUGUAG